GCAACUGGCAGGUCUCCGGUCUUUCCCAUCCGAAUCUCAAACUCUGGACUAAAGCUUACAAAAUGUGGUAUCUGCGCGUGGCUGUGGUGCUGUUGGGACUGGCGGUGGUGUGCCGGGCGGACACCCUGGUCCAACUGAAUGUGAAUCGUCCCUACAACGAUGUGAACGAGAAGUUUGUUAGUUUUGCCGUUCGUCCAGAGGAUCUGUACGAUGCCCUGGAUGGAAAGAAUCGCAAAGCCGUGACCAACUUGGCCAAUCUGCUGGGGGAUGCACACAUUAAGUUCAUUGGCGAUUUCUACUUUGCCAGCAAUGCACCGACAAGACUGCGGAAUCCCACAAAGAUUAUCUGGAAGGGCUUCAAUCGCUGGACGCGUGCCGUCAACUGGACCAUGAUCAUCCCGGUGCCAUGCCCCGACGAGUGGGACUCAAUGCAUACGCUGAAGAUUCUGAAUACCUCCUACAUGGUGGGCAUCACCGACUGCAUCUGGCAGCUGGGCACAGACUUUGGCACCUCGAGGGCCAAGGAUUAUGUACAGGAGCUGCGCACCCUUAAGCUGAUGACGGAUACCUUCAAGCCAUAUGUGGACGACUGGCGGCUAAUGGGAGCCGAUAUUUCGGCUGGUAGCAGUGCGGAUGAAACAAAGAGAUAUGUGGAUAUAUCCAAGGAUCUGAAUACAGCCUUUGGCUGGACGCAACCUGUCAACAUGCUGCCCAAGUCGAGUCUGGGCAGUUACCUAUACGACAGCGACCCCGCUCUGCGAGUCCUGCAGCAGCAGGCUGUGCCCCUGUGGCUGUCUUUGCCUGAAGAGCGAUCCUCGCAACGACUGGUGGGCGACGAGACCACGGAUGCCCUGCGCUGGGCCCAGACCCUGGGAGAUGCGGCCAGCAGUGGCUUUGAUGUGCUCUUCAAGCGGAUGACCCUGGAGGACUUUGAGCGCCCCAACUUCAGUAUGUAUGUGACGGCCGUAUUCAAGAAGGUUAUGGGCUCAAGGGUGUUCCCCGCACGCCCUCUCAAUGUCUUCGCUCCGAGCAAUAAACUAUACACACACUGUGCCAAUGCCGUAUCCGGUGGCCUGGCCUUUAUGGUGGUCAACACGGAGGAGCAACCCACCACGAUUACGGUGCGAAGUGCCAGUAGCCUGAGCAGCAGCGAGAUCUGGCAGUUUGUGCUCACCGGACUGGACCAGAGGGUGCAGUUGAACAAUGUCCGAUUGCAUGUCAACUCCACACUGCCGCCCUUGAUCAAGGCCCAUGAUGCGAGCAAGCCACUCCAGUUGAUCACUCCCAGCAUGUCGGUGGGCUUCUGGGUUCUGCCAGACGUUAAUCUGGAGCACUGCCAGUUCACUGAGGUUGAGGCGGGCGAUUCGAGCGGUGAAUCCUCCACGGAUAAGCGGCGUUCCCGCUACAGUUCUGCGGAUCGUUUGCUUCAGCGUUUGAUCGAGGAGACAGCCGUGGCUAGAGGAUCGGUUCAGAGUUCGAUCAACCGGAAUCGACGCUUUGUUCCGGAUAAGGAGGAAAGCCUGGAUGCACUCCUAGAGCGUCUGCUUCAGCACUUCAAGGAAGCAAAUCCCUCAAAGAGGGAAACGGAGGAUGGCAAGUCUCAAUCGGUGAAGCCCCAUGAAGCAAUGGCCUGGUUGCAUCAUGUCCUCAAGGAAACCAGCGACAUGAGCCAGAAGCGAGCCAGGCGAGACACUUCCAGCUACUCUGGCCCCUUCUUCUACAACCGAAAUGGCAAGAAAACAGCUUUGACCAAGAAGAUCACGGAGAUACGUAAACCGGAAAGGAAGAGCAAGCCCCUGUUUGAUUUUGACGAGUUCGAUGAGGAAAAGUUCUUUAAGCGACUGGGAGAACAGCCCGAAGAGCCACCCACCUAUACCCGCCUCCCAGAGGGUGAUGUCCACCUGAAGCAUAUAGAGAGUGUGGAUGGCGAAGACACUGAGCAGGAAGCUGAGCCCGUAGUGCCUAAGAAGCGUAAGUCCAAGGCCAAGAGUCAGCUGAAGAUUAUUCAAAUGCCAGCGGAAAGGGAUGACGAACAGGAGCCGGAACAGGAACAGGAGCCAAGUGAGGGUCGUGGCAAGCUGCGUCUUUUGCCCACAGAGUUCUUCGAGGCGCUGCCUGCUCCAAGGCCGAACAAGAGAUUGAAUCUAGGAGCCACCUUAAACUCCCUGCUCUUUCCUGAACCCUUUUCCAGCAAGGCAACCAUGGCGAAGAGUGGUCCAGCCAAAUCGAAACCCAUGGAAGAGGCCGAAGAGGAUGUGGAACCCGUGCCAACUGCCAGAAGGCGUCACUCCAAACUAGGUCAUGUGGCCAAUGAUUUUCUGCAGGCACAAAAGGAGUUGGGCAAGCACUUCCUCAGCCACAUCAGCGAGCAUGAGCACGAGUUCUCCCUGGGUGAUGAAGCUAUCCGAGAGGCAUCUUUGGAUUCUAGCAAUUCGGCAAAAACAACACCCGGCUUGAACAUAUUUGGAGCCAAGGAAGGAACGUCUUCUUUGCCGAAAAAAUUACCAGAGAAGCCUGCCGAUGAGGGGAUCACCUCUUGGUGGGAUCUGCCAGCAAUGAGAAGACGUCGAGCUGUUCCCCUGACCAAUUCAUUGGAGCAAAUGCGAUCGAAUGCGAUCGAUAAGGCAGAUGGCGAUGAAAUGCUGCCUCUGGGAAGGUACUCCUUCUACGAGUACAAAGUGGAUGGUGCUGAACAGAAGGACUCAACCCAGCAGAAGGAAGAAACAGAGUCCAAGAUUAUGAAGAUUAGCAGGAACACACCGACCACAAACAAGGAUCACACUAUUACGUCUCUAUCUAAAAGCCUUGUAAGCACCGUUAAAACCAAGGUCUCUCGCUUCAUCAACAUCAUCUCCAGCCACAUGAACGAGUGGUAUAACACCUUAACCAAGCACCUGGACACGAACAUGGAAUACCAAAAAACCCGCCUGCAAAACACCAUCGAAAAGUAGGAAUAUUUUCAAAUAAAACCUUAUCGAAAUUACAAGAAUCUAUUGUAAAAAUGUGUUUAUGUACAAUAAAAUAUUGAUUGCAUUUAAAAGUA